AUGUAUAAAACGACUCCUUUAGAAGUAAAGUUUUGUCAGUCUCCCAGAGAGGCUGUCAGUGUCCUCUUUUCAGAAUCUACUCCGCCGAGCCCUCCACAAGUGGCGCCCAACGUGGGACCUCGAAGUCACGACAAGUUGAACACGGAGAAAGAUUCCUGCAGAAGGAGAUGGAGAAGACAUCUAGGCUCUGCAGCGGUACAUACGUCAACAACCAAGAUCCCUCGGGAACAAAAAAUAGGUGACCCACAUCACCAAGAGAAUGGCCACAAUGUCACUGGAGGAAGAGAAACAACGGGAAGGAAGGAAAGCUACUCCAGCUCAACCGUGCCCCCUUGGGCACAGAUCAAGAAUCUGACAAGGAAAGCUAAAGAUGUACUGAAAGAAACCGGAACCCCUUUAACUCCUGAUAAACUUUUCUUGGGCUUCCAAUGCCUCUGGAUCAGAUCCUCCUGA